UAGAACUCGUGCUGUUCGGUUAUUCCUCUCCGAAUUCUUCGACCGUGGAGAAUCGUCAAUAUUCUCUCCAUCGGUAUCGUGUCGAGCUGUUACCAUCGAAGCGAGCUGGGAUCCGUUAUCAUUCGAGCAUUUUCUCGUACCAUGCGUUCCACGAGAAUUGGGAAGGAUGAGGAAACUGGAUGACGGCAGAUGGAACGACCGUGUGAUCCUGAACGUUGGCGGUGUACGGCACGAGACUUACAAAUCCACAUUGAGGAAAAUACCAGCGACCAGGCUGUCGCGUUUAACCGAGGCAUUGGUCAAUUACGACCCUGUUUUGAACGAGUACUUUUACGACCGGCAUCCGGGCGUCUUCGCCCAAGUAUUGAAUUACUAUCGUACGGGAAAACUUCAUUACCCAACAGACGUCUGCGGGCCACUUUUCGAGGAGGAACUCGACUUCUGGGGUCUGGACUCUAAUCAGGUGGAGCCAUGCUGUUGGAGCACGUACAGCAGACACAGGGACACUCAAGCGACUUUGGCGAUCCUCGACAAAUUGGACGUGGAGGGUGAGAGGCUGAGCGACGAGCAGAUCGCGCGACUUUUCGGUUUCGACGAGGAGAACGGCGGGGGGGCAAGGUUGACGGGAUGGCAGAGGUCGAGGGCACGGAUGUGGGCACUGUUCGACGAGCCGUACUCGUCCUUCGCUGCCAAGUGCGUAGCGUGCGUCUCGAUACUUUUCAUCUGCCUCUCGGUGCUGUGCUUUUGCCUCAAGAGUCACACGAAACAAUCGAGGGAUGACGAGGACGAAGAUGAAGACGACGAUCCUCGUUCUUAUCCCCUGCUCUUUUACGCGGAGCACGCGUGCAACGCGUGGUUCACCCUCGAGAUCACCCUUCGAUGCUUGGUAAGCCCAAGUCUGAAGAGAUUCGCUGUGUCGCCAUUGAACGCGAUAGACUUGGCCGCCACGCUCAGCUUUUACACCGAGUUCCUCACCAAAUCCAGCCUGUAUCUCGAGAUACUGUCGAUAGCCCGGGUACUGCGCCUCUUCAAGCUGACCAGACACUCGCCAGGUCUCAGAAUUCUGAUCCACACUUUCAAAGCUUCCGCCAAGGAGCUCGCGUUGCUGGUUUUCUUUCUCGUCCUUGGGAUAGUCUUGUUUGCAAGCCUCAUCUUCUACGCUGAGCGCCUUCAAGAGAACCCGCAUAACGACUUCGACAGCAUACCACAAGGUCUCUGGUGGGCUUUGGUGACCAUGACGACAGUUGGUUACGGCGACAUGACACCAAAAACCUUUCCCGGAAUGUUCAUAGGGGGAUUGUGCGCUAUUGCAGGCGUUUUAGCCAUCGCUCUUCCGGUUCCUGUUAUCGUCAGCAACUUCUCCAUGUUUUAUUCCCACACACAGGCUCGUAGCAAAUUGCCGAAACAAAAACGAAGAAUUCUACCGGCGGAGAUGCCAAGACGAUCGAGAUGUUUGAGUUAUCGGGAUGCCAACGAUAUUCAAUUUCAACUCGCUUCCAGAUCGUUGAGGCCGAGGCCGCCAACUAUCGGACUAGAAAACGUUUUAAAUUUGCAGCCUAAUAUCAUGAUAAAUUUACCACGAGAGUCCACCGUCGGAGGAAGCAUAAAUUCUGACAGAGUGGAUUCUCCUCUCCUAGCUAGCAACAAUCCCGUGAAAAAUGGGAAAACAGUGGACGAAGCCAUGGAUGACGUGCUCCAAGAGGAGGGGAGGAAAAGGGGUAACUCGUUCACGGGGAACUGCAUACUCUCACUUGCCUGAUCGUUCAGAAACAA